AUGGAAGAGCAACUGGAUUCAGAGUGUGGGAUUUUCUCCAAGAUGCAGGCACAGUUGGCGUUUGUGCUUCUCCUCUGUUUGACGUGUGGCAUAUUAUGUUCAGAUGUUGACCAAGAACAGCGGGCGAUAGAAGAGGAGCUAUUGAGCAGUCUCUUUACUACAAAGGUGAAACAGAGCAAGCAGAACGCCCCCUACUGGCGUGUGUCCCUGGUGAACGUGUGCAGGAUGGUGAACAGCCUGAUAAACAGCCGGUUGUGGAGAGAACAGGAGGAGUAUAACACUGGGGAGGAGCUGGGGGAGAGGCUGGCCUCCCUGCCGGAGCCCUUGGAUGAGCUUCUCGAUCUACAGCACAUCUGCAGAGUACUGCAGCCCCGAGAGCUGCUUGACAACUCUCAAGAGUACCUAGACGCCGAUCAAAACAGUGACAACCCGCUCAAAAGGAAAUCACCGUAUAUUUUUAGGAGGCAAGUGAAAAACACCAAAGCUCGGAGGCCGUACAUCUUGAAGCGGGGUACAUUCUACUGA